AUGGCCGUCAUCGUUCUGUUCGUACACAGGUGGGCGGAAUCAUCUCAGGUUCAGGAGGAGAGCCCUUCGGUGAAGUCCGAGAGCCCGGCGGUGACCCCGUGUUGGAGGACUGAAGAAUUCCCCGUUUCCAAAGAUUGCUACAACUGUAACCAGUUUGAUUCGAAAUUGGUCAGCCAGUGCGGAGUCACCGGAUUCAUCGAGCAAGUCAGCUGCAGCCCCUCCAAGAAAGUGGAGUACAAAAGCUGCCGCUCGGUCGUUAUGGAGAAGAAGGUCUUCUGGGAGUUUGUGGGGAUCACGAUGGCUGCCGCCAUGGUCUUGGCGUUUGUGGUGGUGUUUCGGCAGAGGAUGCUGGACCGGAGGGCCCUGGAGAAAGUGUGCAAGCAGAUCGAGUCCAUCUGAUCCUCGG